AUGUUACAUCAUUUACGUAGCGGCUGGGCUGUUGACCAAGCUAUAUUAAGCGAAGAAGAAAGAUUAGUUUGCAUUCGUUUUGGUCAUGAUUAUGACCCAGAUUGUAUGAAAAUGGAUGAGUUAUUAUUUAAAGUAGUAGAAGACAUUAGAAAUUUUUGUGUUAUUUAUUUGGUAGAUAUAACAGAAGUUCCUGACUUUAAUACUAUGUAUGAAUUAUAUGACCCUGUUUCAGUUAUGUUUUUUUAUCGAAACAAACAUAUGAUGAUUGAUCUAGGUACUGGAAAUAAUAAUAAAAUUAAUUGGCCUAUGAAUAAUAAACAAGAAUUUAUUGAUAUAGUAGAAACAAUAUUUAGAGGUGCAAGAAAAGGAAGAGGUUUAGUUAUAUCCCCAAAAGAUUAUUCGACCAAAUAUAAAUACUAA